GCGGCGGCGGCGAGGAACCUCUGCCUGGCUCAGUAAAGUGCUCCCGCGCGAGCCGGGUGGGGGUCGCGUCCUGAAGCUGUGGCCUCGGCACCUCGCUCCGCCGCGUCAGGGAUUCGAGGCCAGGGUCCCCGUGCCUGCCUAGGGUUUGCAUCCCCGGCGCGAUGCUGUUCGACAAGGUGAAGGCAUUCGUGGUGCAGCUGGACGACGCGAGCGCGGGCGCCGAUCCCGUGUUCUGCGGCGGCCAGGCCGUAGCCGGCCGGGUGCUGCUGGAGCUGGCGGGCCCGGGGCGCGUGGGCGCCCUGAGGCUGCGCGCGCGGGGCCGCGCCCGCGUACACUGGAGCGAGUCACGCAGCUCCGGCUCCAGCACCGCGUACACGCAGAGUUACAGCGAGCGCGUGGAGGUCCUGAGCCACCGUGCCACGCUUCUCGGGCCAGAUACUGGAGAGACAACCACGCUGCCUGCGGGGCGCCACGAGUUCCCAUUCAGCUUCCGGCUGCCUCCGACACUGGUGACGUCCUUCGAGGGCAAGCACGGCAGUGUCCGUUACUGCAUCAAGGCCACCCUGCACCGGCCCUGGGUUCCGGCCCGCCGGGCAAAGAAGGUGUUUACUGUGAUCGAGCCUGUGGACAUCAACACCCCUACCCUGCUGGCCCCUCAAGCAGGAGCCCGGGAGAAGGUCGCCCGAUCCUGGUACAGUAACCGCGGCCUGGUCUCCCUCUCGGCCAAGAUCGACCGCAAGGGCUACACACCAGGUGAGGUGAUCCCUGUGUUCGCUGAGAUUGACAACAGCUCCACGCGCCCGGUGCUGCCGCGAGCAGUUGUGGUCCAGACACAGACCUUCAUGGCGCGAGGCGCCCGCAAGCAGAAGCACGCGGUGGUGGCCAGUCUCUCGGGCGAGCCCGUGGGCCCAGGGCGGCGGGCGCUGUGGCAGGGCCGGGCGCUUCGGAUCCCCCCGGUGGGCCCCUCCAUCCUGCACUGCCGGGUGCUGCAUGUGGACUACGCCCUCAAGGUCUGCGUGGACAUUCCGGGCACAUCGAAGCUGCUCCUGGAGCUGCCGCUGGUCAUCGGCACUGUCCCCCUGCACCCUUUUGGCAGCCGCUCGUCCAGCGUGGGCAGUCAUGCCAGCUUCCUGCUAGACUGGGGGCUGGGGGCCCUGCCAGAGCAGCCUGAGGCCCCGCCAGAGUACUCAGAGGUGGUGGCAGGUGACGCGGCAGCCGGGGGCCAGAGCCCCUUGCCUCUACCUCAGGACUCCGACAUGAGCCUCGAAGGCCCCUUCUUCGCCUACAUCCAGGAGUUCCGCUACCGCCCGCCACCCCUGUACUCCGAGGAGGAUCCAAACCCCCCCUCUGAAGCCAUGAGGCCACGCAGCAUGACCUGCUGAGUGGGAGUGGACACCUCCAGGGAUGAGGUUGCACAUGUGCUUCCAGCCCCCGUGGACAUGGGGAGUGGCUGGCCCAGGAGAGACCCGCCUGACUGUGGUUGAAGUUUGGGAAAUCAAGUCUUGGAACAGGGCACGGCUGUUCACACAGGACAGAGGAAGAGCCAGUCUGGCAUCUGACUGAGCUGGUCCUUGUAAGGCAUCAAAUGGCUGGUGCAGGAUCCGAGUGACUGUUCAAGCUGUCUGUGCUGGCCUGUGGACAGGGCUGGGUUCCCCAGGAGCCUCCAGUCUGGGAGAGACACAGCCGGGCACAGAUACUUCCAGUCUAGUGGGACCAGAGGAAGGCCUGAGAGAGUCCAGGGAGAAAUCAGGGAAGGCUUCCUGGAGGAAAGGGCAUUUAAGCCGAAGCUUUGGCAUACGAAUAAGCUCAGGAGACAGGCAAGCAAGAGAGAGGAGAAGUCAGACAAGGUCAAAGCCGAGUGAAGUUUGGAGACUGCCCCCUUCAUCUUAGUAACAGGGCUCAGAGGGCAAGUGCUUCCGUUGAGGUCACGCUGCAAGGUCCAGCAGUCGCGAGGGCCCAGGAAUGAGUCAUUCAGGGAAGCAGGUCCUGGGAGCUGUGUGGGACCUGUGGGUGGCAGGGGCAGCGGCUCCGGCCUUUGAAGGCUCUGAAAGCUGGAGAUUCUACCGCAGGCUGAGACCGCCCGAGGGCUUCUCCAGGCACGCAGACACGGAGCUGUGUGGCCGGGAAACCCAGGUUCUGAGCGGGACAGACAAGAUGUGCUACAUAACUUGCAAAUGAAAGCGUGGGGGCCUUGUUCAAGGAGGAUUAAGAAUUUCAAGAUAAUGACAGCAGAGCAUUCAAUCAGGCCCUGGGACAGAGGUCAGCCUGGGGUGACACAGCAGGGCCAGUGUGCUUCUGGAGACCCCUGUGUCCAGAGGGACAAAGCAGGAGGGAGUGGCUAAAUAAGCCCCCAACUGCAGAGUCCUGGCCCCGGCUAGGGCAGAGUCCCGGCCUGGGUCUCAGCAUUCCUAAGCCUUAAAUUGUUCUCUUUUGUACAAUUAUUUUUUUAAAUAAAAGUGUUGGAAGGAAGA